AGUCUUUUUAAUACUUGCAGCUAGAGCAUUUUUAACUUUUUAGUAAUUUUUAAUAUUACAUUUUCACAGGAGAACAACAGACAACUGUUAAAUUUCAUUUAAUCCUGGACUGGCAGUAGAGUGUGGGAUUGCCCUUCACAUGCACAGACACACAAUUGAUUUCACUGCUCUUUUGCUUCAGAACUGCAUGGAACAAUGCUAGUCGUGCAUCUCCGAUUUUUACUACUUCCAUUCCUCACAGGCAUCUUGGGAGCAGCACAAUAUAUGAUGCAAGAUGCAGCACUGCUGAACUACAUGGACCAGCGUUUCCUGUCUUUAGAGAAGAGGCUGGAAAAAUGCAACCAAGACAUACUGGAAUAUGUGGAAGAAUUCCGAGACUUUUCAAAGAUGGUACUGUCACGCCUGGCAGGACUGAACAGUUAUAAGGAUGAGGUUAAAAGUGAAGUAGAGCAUUUGCUAACAAGAAUUGAACGAGCACAAAGGGACAUUGACUAUUUUGGAUCUAUGACAGAUUCUAAUACAUGUGUAGAAGUACAUGAAGAUCUGGUGAAACAGAAGCUAUUUGAAGAAGCAGAAGAAAAAAAGAAACUUAAGCUCAUGCUUAAUGCAAGUUGUGACCACAUGCUUGCAGGUAUUAAGUCCCUAAAGAUAGUUAAGAAGACUGGAGAUGAGCACGGCUCUUGGAUGAAAGAUCCUGGCAAAAAGCAUACAAAGAUUUAUUUAUUAAAUGGUUCUGUAAAUAAUGUUAUUUUGGAAUCUGCAAAUAUCAUGACAUUCAUGGAAAUCAAUCAUACACUAAAAGCUCGCAGAGUCACCUUGCCAUUUCCUUGGGAAGGAACUGGCCAUGUAAUAUAUGAGGGUUUCCUGUUCUAUCACAGAUAUGGGUCUUUAAAUGAGAUAAUUAAGUUCAAUAUCCAGAAAAGAAAUAUAACUGACCAAAUGCUACUGCCAGGAGCUGGAAGAAUCCCUGCCUAUCAGCUUAAUCCAUCUACAAAAAUAGAUCUUGCCAUUGAUGAGCAAGGGCUCUGGGCAAUCCACGCAGAACCAGAGACUGGAGGAAAUAUUGUAAUUACUAAAAUCAACCACGUAACUAUGGCAGUAGAUCACACUUGGGACACAUCAUGCAACAGCAAAGAUGCUGAAGCAGCUUUCAUGGCAUGCAACACACUCUAUGUUGUGUACAACCUUCCUAGUGGAGGCACCUCUCGCAUACAAUGUGUUUAUGAUGUUUUGGACACUGUAAAUACUUAUGAAAUCCCCGUAUUACAUUUUCCAAAACGUCAGGGUAGCCAUUCCACUAUACACUACAAUCCGAAAGAAAAACAACUCUUUGCCUGGGGGGAUGGAUCCCAGAUCAUUUACAAGCUCCACACAAAGCAGAAAGUUUAGAAUCUUUAGCAACUUUUCCAAUGCAUUUAAAAGCUAGCAGCCCUGUGUCAGCAUGGUCAUUAAGUGUAUUAAAAUUACAUAUUCCUAUCUGUUACAGCUUUCAUCUAUUUUACAUAAACUUACACACCCCAGUGAUCUUAAACUAAUAUCCAAUAAAGAAUAUAUAAAGACUCCAUUAGUAUGAAUUACAAGAUGACUAAAUGGCACAAAUGUACAAACCUAACCCACCCCACAAAUCAGUCUUAAAGACUAAGGUUAAUUUUUAAAAAAAAUUUAAAAAUCCAUCUCUGACAUGUUGGAUUCCUGUUAAAAUUAUGUAUUCUACUUCAAUGCCAUGGAAAUCCAAUCAGAAGUCCUUCCUGUCCAAUACACAUUAUUUGACAACCUUCACUAACCUGAAGUUCACUGUAGGAAGCUGCCUUCUUGUAAGCACUAUAAAAUCACAUGCUCCCAGAGAAAUUAUCUAUAAAGUCGAAACAGGAGAGGUUUAUGAUAUCACAAAGCAUAAGAGUAUACAUCCUUACAAUCAUGGUUUAUUUUUAACAUAUAGGUCUUGCACAUUACAGCAAGGUUAAUCCCAAUCAUCGAAUUUCUAGACUGCUUCCAAGAAACUUCCACAUUUUUGUUAUCCAUAUAGCUGUGCAUUCCACUUUUGAUCAUGCUAAUACAUUAGCUGCAGCUAAGUAUUCAUUUUU